AUGAAGCUCGUAGUGCCGGUUGCGCUCUUCGCCCUCGGCGCGAUCUCUGCCAUUGCGGCCCAACGCUUUCUGCAAUCGCCAUCGCCACCAGCGACCAAGCCGUCGGCCCGCGACCUCCCGGCGACCGCCCCGUCGUCGUCGUCAGGCCAGGUCUUGACCAACGAGCAAUUCUCGCGCAUCAAUUCGUUCUUUGGCGACGAAGGCUUUGCCAAGAUUCAAGAUGCCUUUGUGAUUGUGAUCGGUCUUGGCGGCGUCGGGUCGCACGCUGCUCACAUGCUCGCGCGGUCCGGCGUCAAGAAGCUCCGCCUCAUCGACUUCGACAACGUGACACUCUCGUCGCUCAACCGACACGCUGUCGCGACGCGCGCAGACGUUGGCUUGUCCAAGGCUGCUGUGCUCAAAAAGCACUUGCACGAAAUCGUGCCGCAAUGCGAGGUCGAGGCGGUGCCUCUCAUGUUUGAGGCCGACGUCGCCGACGAGCUGCUCGCGGGCAACCCGACGUACGUCUUGGAUUGCAUUGAUGACGUGACGACCAAGACUGCUCUUUUGGUCGCGGCGAGCACGAAGGGCCUCAAGGUGAUCACGGCGACCGGCGCCGGCGGCAAGGCUGACCCGACGCGCAUUCACAUUGGCUCGCUGCAGGACGCUGUGCGCGAUCCGUUGGCGUCCAAGAUUCGCUACUUUCUCAAGAAGAAGGGUAUCGACGCGUCGACCGUCACGACGGUCUACUCGAGCGAAAAGACGAUUGCGAAGCUCUUGCCGCUCGAUGCCGAGCAGGCCGCGGACCCCGGUGCGUUUGGCAACGUCGAGAACAUGCGCAUCCGCGUCAUCCCGGUGCUUGGCACGAUGCCGGCGAUGUUUGGCCAGUCGAUGGCGGCUUUCGUCUUGACCGACAUGGCCGGGCUUCCCAUCAAUCCCGAAAACAUGCCCAAGCUCGGUCGCGAGCAACGCAACAAGUUUUACCAGCAGCUUCAACAGCGUGAGAAGAACCUCGGGUUUUCCCAAAAGAUUGCCGUCGACAAGGAUGAUAUGGACUUUCUGUACCAAGAAGUGUGGAAGGCCCGCAGCUCCGUGAGCGGCAUUCGCUGCGGCGGCGUCGACCGCACGUACAUGACGCGGUGGCGCAAGGACCAGCCUCUCUCGCCGGGCAACAUUGUCAUUUUGACCACGAAGGAGCUCAAGCAAAUGGACGACCACGGCAUCGAGUCCUUUGGCGACGACGUAGUCGCUCGCAUUGACGCCAACCUGGCGUCGUUCGGACCCUGGGAAGUUUAA